AUGGAUUACAAAAAGAAAGACCUGUUAGAUGGAUCACACAGACAAGACAGGUUAGAUAGAUCACUCAGCAAAGACAGGUUAGAUGGAUCACACAGAGAAGACAGGUUUAGAUGGAUCAACAGAGAAGACAGGUUAGAUGGAUCACACAGAGAAGACAGGUUAGAUGGAUCACACAGAGAAGACAGGUUAGAUGGAUCACUCAGCGAAGACAGGUUAGAUGGAUCACACAGAGAAGACAGGUUAGAUGGAUCACACAGAGAAGACAGGUUAGAUGGAUCACACAGAGAAGACAGGUUAGAUAGAUCACACAGAGAAGACAGGUUAGAUGGAUCACACAGAGAAGACAGGUUAGAUGGAUCACACAUAAAAGACAGGUUAGAUGGAUCACACAGAGAAGAGAGGUUAGAUGGAUCACACAGACUUGUCCUCUGUAGCUCAGCUGGUAGAGCACGGCGCUUGUAACGCCAAGGUAGAGGGUUCGAUCCCCGGGACCACCCAUACACAAACAUGUAUGUACACAUGACUGUAAGUCGCUUUGGAUAAAAGCGUCUGCUAAAUGGCAUAUUAUUAUUAUUAUAGACGGAUUACACAGAGAAGACAUGUUAGAUGGAUCACACAGAGAAGACAUGUUAGAUGGAUCACACAGAGAAGACAGGUUAGAUGGAUCACACAGAGAAGAGAGGUUAGAUGGAUCACACAGAGAAGACAUGUUAGAUGGAUCACACAGAGAAGAGAGGUUAGAUGGAUCACACAGAGAAGACAGGUUAGAUGGAUCACACAGAGAAGAGAGGUUAGAUGGAUCACACAGAGAAGACAGGUUAGAUGGAUCACACAGAGAAGACAUGUUAGAUGGAUCAUACAGAGAAGACAGGUUAGAUGGAUUACAAAGAGAAGACAGGUUAGAUGGAUCACAAAGAGAAGACAGGUUAGAUGGAUCACACAGAGGAGACAUGUUAGAUGGAUCACACAGAGGAGACAUGUUAGAUGGAUCACACAGACAGGUUCGAUGGAUCACACAGAGAAGACAGGUUAGAUCAAUCACACAGAUAAUACAGGUUAGAUGGAUCACACAGAGAAGACAGGUUAGAUGGAUCACACCGAGAAGACAGGUUAGAUGGAUCACACAGAGAAGACAGGUUAGAUGGAUCACACAGAGAAGACAGGUUAGAUGGAUUACAAAAAGAAGACAUGUUAGAUGGAUCACACAGACAAGACAGGUUAGAUAGAUCACUCAGCAAAGACAGGUUAGAUGGAUCACACAGAGAAGACAGGUUAGAUGGAUCACACAGAGAAGACAGGUUAGAUGGAUCACACAGAGAAGACAGGUUAGAUGGAUCACACAGAGAAGACAGGUUAGAUGGAUCACUCAGCGAAGACAGGUUAGAUGGAUCACACAGAGAAGACAGGUUAGAUGGAUCACACAGAGAAGGACAGGUUAGAUGGAUCACACAGUAGAAGACAGGUUAGAUAGAUCACACAGAGAAGACAGGUUAGAUGGAUUCACACAGAGAAGACAGGUUAGAUGGAUCACACAUAGAAGACAGGUUAGAUGGAUUCACACAGAGAAGAGAGGUUAGAUGGAUCACACAGACUGGUCCUCUGAGCUCAGCUGGUAGAGCACGGCGCUUGUAACGCCAAGGUUAGAGGGUUCGAUCCCCGGGACCACCCAUACACAAACAUGUAUGUACACAUGACUGUAAGUCGCUUUGGAUAAAAGCGUCUGCUAAAUGGCCAUAUUAUUAUUAUUAUAGACGGAUUACACAGAGAAGACAUGUUAGAUGGAUCAACAGAGAAGACAUGUUAGAUGGAUCACACAGGAAGACAGGUUAGAUGGAUCACACAGAGAAGAGAGGUUAGAUGGAUCACACAGAGAAGACAUGGUUAGAUGGAUCACACAGAGAAGAGAGGUUAGAUGGAUCACACAGAGAAGACAGGUUAGAUGGAUCACACAGAGAAGACAGGUUAGAUGGAUCACACCGAGAAGACAGGUUAGAUGGAUCACACAGAGAAGACAGGUUAGAUGGAUCACACAGAGAAGACAGGUUAGAUGGAUCACACAGAGAAGACAGGUUAGAUGGAUUACAAAAAGAAGACAUGUUAGAUGGAUCACACAGACAAGACAGGUUAGAUAGAUCACUCAGCAAAGACAGGUUAGAUGGAUCACACAGAGAAGACAGGUUAGAUGGAUCACACAGAGAAGACAGGUUAGAUGGAUCACACAGAGAAGACAGGUUAGAUGGAUCACACAGAGAAGACAGGUUAGAUGGAUCACUCAGCGAAGACAGGUUAGAUGGAUCACACAGAGAAGACAGGUUAGAUGGAUCACACAGAGAAGACAGGUUAGAUGGAUCACACAGAGAAGACAGGUUAGAUAGAUCACACAGAGAAGACAGGUUAGAUGGAUCACACAGAGAAGACAGGUUAGAUGGAUCACACAUAGAAGACAGGUUAGAUGGAUCACACAGAGAAGAGAGGUUAGAUGGAUCACACAGACUGGUCCUCUGUAGCUCAGCUGGUAGAGCACGGCGCUUGUAACGCCAAGGUAGAGGGUUCGAUCCCCGGGACCACCCAUACACAAACAUGUAUGUACACAUGACUGUAAGUCGCUUUGGAUAAAAGCGUCUGCUAAAUGGCAUAUUAUUAUUAUUAUAGACGGAUUACACAGAGAAGACAUGUUAGAUGGAUCACACAGAGAAGACAUGUUAGAUGGAUCACACAGAGAAGACAGGUUAGAUGGAUCACACAGAGAAGAGAGGUUAGAUGGAUCACACAGAGAAGACAUGUUAGAUGGAUCACACAGAGAAGAGAGGUUAGAUGGAUCACACAGAGAAGACAGGUUAGAUGGAUCACACAGAGAAGAGAGGUUAGAUGGAUCACACAGAGAAGACAGGUUAGAUGGAUCACACAGAGAAGACAUGUUAGAUGGAUCAUACAGAGAAGACAGGUUAGAUGGAUUACAAAGAGAAGACAGGUUAGAUGGAUCACAAAGAGAAGACAGGUUAGAUGGAUCACACAGAGGAGACAUGUUAGAUGGAUCACACAGAGGAGACAUGUUAGAUGGAUCACACAGACAGGUUCGAUGGAUCACACAGAGAAGACAUGUUAGAUGGAUCACACAGACAGGUUCGAUGGAUCACAAAGAUAAGACAUGUUAG